AUGUUAAUUCUUGUGAUGACACUAAUUUCCUGGAAAAACGUGAAAGUUGUUCUCGGAAGGGUCCAACAAGUAAGCCGACACGUGUCACGAUAAAUUAAUCGCAAAAAAAACCUUCGUUUUUUGCUCCGUUUCUUUUUUUCAUUUAGGUUCGCUUCGCAGCGUCUGACUUUAUUGGUUCUUUCCGGGUUGAAACGCCUUCAUUUUUACUACUUUUUGAGAGCAAUACUACAUGUUUGCGUGGAAAGGCGUAAUUAUAAUUGAGGCAGCAGGGAUGGAGUUAUUUGUCGAAAAAUCUUGGAACUAAUAAGGUAAACAUCCCGUUGAAUUUCUUCUACACAUUUCGUUGCUUUGGAAUUUUUCGAGAAAAAAAAAAUUAAAAUUGUAAGACAUCGUAACUUCAUUUGAAAAAACGUCAACGAGAGAAAAAAAAAUCCAAGAAACAUUCAUUAAAACAUUUUUGAAGACUUUUUCAGAAGUAGCGGUUUAAAUAAAGCCCGAAGAAUUGUUCGAGCUUUUCGAAAAAGAAGAUAGAUUGAAAGGGUUCUUUAUUAAAUAUAGAAAUUUCUUUCAUGGUUACGAAGUGAAAUUAAAUUCUUUAUUUUAAACAAUUUUUUUAUAACUUGAAGCUAUUUUUAAAGUUUUCUAAAAUAAAUUAUUAGCGCUCAUUCAAAAGCGAAGAGAGAAACGGUUGAUGAAGCUCAAAAUUUAGCUUCAUGAAAAAAAAUCAGAAAAAAAGCUGUACUAUUCAUUUCGAUCUCUUCAUAUCAAUGGAUAAACUCAAUAUUAUUUUUUGCAGGAUCAAUUUUACUCCAAAUAAACUCAAGUUGAAAUAAAUUUGGAGGAGUGAAUGUCGAAAUUAUUCAUGUAACGUCAAGUUUACCGUAUUUCGACGUGAAAGGAGCUGAAAAAAACCUUCAUUUUACAACUUCACUCGAAGGAGAUACGAGCGACUUUCUUGUAAGCUCCUUCGGAUAUUUUCAUGAUUUUAAUCGAGGCUCGAUGAUAAACUUGAUAAGAGAAUGGUUUCCAGAACAAUGGCUAGGCGAAAAAAUGAAUCACCGCGAAUGCGAUCCCGCCUCGACAUUUCGGCCGAUUCUGGAAAUUCUUCGUUUUCCAGUUCGAGUAAUUCAUCGCCUCGUUCUACCAGGUUCAAGGGUCAGAAUAGUGGAAAAGGAAGAUUUGAAUUACGAAGAAUAUUCGUGAAAAAGAUUUAGAAUAAGUGAAACAUAAAAUUUAUUCUUUUAGACCGGAAGCAGUUGUGAAUAGUUUGCCCCAAAAAGUACCAAAACUUUCAAAACUCUGCAGUUUCCCGUGAAACUAAGAAUUUUUGAGGAUGGCUCCUUUUUUGCUGCCUUUUUGCACCGUUUCAUCGACCCUUAUGCAUCAUUUUUGCUGUCUCUUCCUUUUUCCAGCAUUUCUUGAGCCUUUAAAAUUGUAGAUAAAAGGCUCGAUGAAGGGAAUCUUUUUACAGCCUUUUGCAGCCUUUCUGCGGCCUUUUUCGAGCCUCUCCCUUUUAGCGGCCAUUCCGACUUUGCCCGAGUGUUCACCAAUUUUAUAAUAAUGAAAAAGUUAAAAGAACCGUUUAUUCCAAAAAGAGCCUUCUAUAAAAAAUCAGAAACUAUGAGAAUAAUCAGAGACCGUUUGUGUUGAAUUUUUUCUAUUUGUACCAUUUUAAUCUAGAGUCAUUUACAUUAAUCUGAAAUCAGAAAUGAGAAGAUUUUCUUUGAAAUCGACAUUUCAAGUGACAAACUACCUUUUCAGGUCUCCGUCGCCGUCGGCUUCAGAUUACGAUUCCGGCCUGGAUGAUGAUUCCGUGACGACAGAUCAGGAGGAACAUUCUUCGCGUUCUGAUUUUCCGAAAACGCCCGAAACUUCGAGAAAAAGGAAAAGCUCUUCCAUUACAAGCGGAGAAGAAUUGAAAGGGAUUCCAUUUGUUUGAGUGGACAGGUUAUAUUUUUCAAGAAUUCGAGUUCAGGCAACUAUGAAAAGAAUCGCCCAACAAUACGGUUCAAGUCACCGUUUUACAGCUGGCGCUAUCAAUUGUCUUCGCCAGGUGAGUUUUCAAAAUAUUAAAGGGAAAAUGUUAGAAAAGUGUGAGAGAUUAGAAAUGUACGGAUGACGCAUCAUUCUUUCACAAUUUCAGCCUAAGAAGUUAAUUUUUUGUUGAAUUUUCAUUUUUAUUUUUGAUUGCUAUAGUCUGUUCAGAUUUUGAAUGUCAAGUCGUCGCUCAAGCUCCGCCCCUAAUGGCCGAAUAAACCAAUCAGAGAGUGAGCCGUCCACAGAGUGUUUUUGAAUGACGUCAUUGCACUCGACAUUAAAAAUCUGAACAGACUAUAUUCUUGAUUUUUCUUUAGCCAUUGCGUACUCAAUCACGAGAAAAUUCUUUUUUUUUAGUUGAAAAAAAGGAAUUCCAGGUAGCAGACGAAGAAAUCCAACGGCUUUUGGUGAAAGCGGCGGUUUGCGCGAGGUUCAGCGGCCACAAGACGGUCGGUUUGCAAGACAUGAAGCUCGUCUUGCUUCUGCAGCAACUAUGA